AUGGCCUCGACAGUUCUUCCAGAUCCUCUUGACUCUCAUCGUCCUCCACAAGCAGAGCUAGAUUAUGCUUCCCUCGAGCACGAUACAACCCAACUUCAGCAGAACCAUGCUCCGGAACAGACCUCCCCAAGUGAACCUCAUUAUCCAAGAUCCCAGACCGAAUCCUCAGAAGCCACAGCCUUUUCUCCUGUCAAUUCACAGGUUGUCUUACCAAAAUACGACGCGCCACGCGAUCACUCCUCCUCAAAAUCAGCGUCUAUCACGGCCCUCGAGAAGCAUCCAAUGCCUUCAACAAUGAUGCCGGAAAAGAAGUACGACCGUUUUCUGCGUAACCUACGAUGGACGGUUUUGUCGGUCUACCGACGGCUCAACAUCCUCGUCCUUGCCGCAAACAUUGCAGCCAUGAUAGGCCUGGCUACACAGCAUAAGCUGGUCAACAUGUCACCCCAGAAGGCUGCGACUGCCGUGUCCAUCAACAUCCUCGUGGGAGUUUUGGUCCGACAAGAGCUGGUUAUCAACGCUCUUUUCUGGUCGUUCGGCAAAUGUCCUCGAUGGUUUCCAUUACGAAUUCGCCGCAUGGCAGCCAAAAUAUAUCAUCUAGGAGGUGUGCACAGUGGGGCCGGAAUGUCGGCCACUCUCUGGUUUGGCUUCUUCAACGCUGCUAUUGUCAGAGUCUAUCGACAGAAAAUAGUUCAUGCACAUCAGACUGCGAUACCGGCCAUCACCGUGGUCCUCAACAUACUCCUCAUAUCCAUCCUCGUCACAGCUCAUCCAGGCGUUCGAGCAAGAAUCCACAAUUUAUUCGAGGUCAUUCAUCGCUUCGCAGGAUGGACUUCGAUAAUCUUAAUCUGGGUGCUCUUUGGGCUUCUGUCAGAUGCGGCAGUUCAGGACACAGACGCCAACCUCACCAUAGCAGAGGCAAUUGCAUACAGUCCGGUCUUCUGGACACUCAUGGUCACCACAAUCUCCAUCGCACUGCCCUGGAUAUGGCUGCGAAAGGUUGCUGUGCAUGCGGAGCCUCUGUCGGACCAUGCGAUCCGUCUGCAUUUCACCUACACGAACCUUCCACUGUGUGCAGCACCACGACUUUCGGACAGUCCGCUUCUGGAAUGGCACGCAUUUGCAGGUAUCCCAGCAGAGGAUGGCCACGGCUUCUCUGUGCUUGUAUCAAAGGCAGGUGACUGGACGUCGCGUCUCAUCAGAUCACCACCAACCAAACUCUGGGUUCGCGGCAUUCCAACCAUGGGAGUUCUACACGUUGCUCCUAUUUUCAAGAGAGUGAUUCUUGUCGCCACAGGUUCAGGCAUCGGUCCAGUCUUGUCCCUGCUAGCAAGCAGAAACAUAGACUGUCGCAUAUUGUGGUCAACUCCAGAUCCAGAACGCACCUACAAGUCAUUAGUCCUUGAGGCUGUCCGUAGGGCUGACCAAGAGGCCAUCAUUAUCAACACUACCGUCACUGGACGCCCAGAUCUGGUCAGAUACACUUAUGAUCUGUACGUGUCAUCGGGUGCAGAAGCUUGCUUUAUCAUCUCCAAUCCGAAAGUCACAAGGCGAGUGGUCUACGCGUUGGAGUCGCGCGGCGUUCCAAUAUUCGCGCCAAUUUUCGACUCUUGA